AUGAGUGACCCUCUGGCCGCCACCUUAUCGGCUCUUCCUGCACGGCAGGGUCGGUCGGCUUCUCCUAUGGUCUCUUAUGAUGCAUCUUUGAGCCUAAGAUGGGCUUCGCUUCUCCAAGGCACUGGCACCUCGCCCGUCGAAACGCUCAGGGCCCGCGGCGUUGAAGGCAAGAUUGCACUCGACAACGACGCUUCACUCCGAUGGCUCGAAUGGAAGAUUUUUCUCACAGAACACAUCUCAACCAUUCCUUCUUCUUGGAGUGCCGUUCUUAAGCGCGACAGAGAAGCAUACAAUGAAUUACGCUGCCGUCUUCUUCGUGCCCCUGAUGGCAAUUAUCCGCCCGAAGUCGGCUUCGACGGCACACCCACUGUCUUCGAACCAUCAUUCACAUCUUGCUCAUCUACUCCGAGCACUUCACAAAGCAGCCGAUCCAUCGUCAAAGACCUUUCCGUCAACAAUCCGCUUAGUCUCGACGACUCGAAUCCUUGGAAAACCUACUACGCGACCUUAGAGACCAGGAGGGUUAUCCUGCAAGACGUAGAAAGGACAUUCCCCGACAUCGGUCUUUUCCGUCAAACCCGUGUUCAGCAAUCGUUGACCAACAUUCUCUUCCUUUGGACACUCGAGAACCAGGAUGUAGGCUAUAGACAGGGGAUGCAUGAGCUAGCAGCUGUACUUUGGAAGGUUCGAAGUGAUGGUGCCGUCGAUAUCCCAGGCCGCGCAUCUUCUAGCUCAUCCCCCACUUCGGCACAGAACGCGGCUGACGCUGCCUUUGUGCAUGCUCUCGCGCAUGUCUUCAUAGAACAUGAUGUUUAUGCGUUGUUUUGUGUCCUGAUGAAAAGCGCCAAAUCAUGGUAUGUUUGGCGUGACAGUCCAGUCGACGCUGCCUCUACCCCAUCUCCGCCAUCAACUUCGGCGCCUCGAUCCGCAAAACUCGCUCCCGACAGCUGUAACUCGGAGGGCAACACACGCCAGCCUCUUCCCAUCGUUGCAAAGUGCGAACACGUUCUCAAGCUCUUGAGCCACAUUGACCCCGCCCUGGCCCAACAUCUCGGAAGUCUAGGCAUCGAGCCUCAGAUCUUCUGCCUCCGAUGGAUUCGUAUGAUCUUCACGCGUGAAUUUGCUUUGGACGAUGCAGUAGCAAUCUGGGACGGUCUGUUUGCCUCUGGAAGGUCUCUGGACCUCAUCGAUUAUAUCUGCAUCGCUAUGUUGCUCCGCAUACGCAAUCAGCUGCUCGCGGGGGAUCACAGCUCCGCUCUACUGUGUCUGCUGCGAUACCCUGCUGAAGCACAGGUGCAGCCGAACCUCCUUGUCAAGCAAGCCAUCUUCCUACGAGACAGCGACCAUCGUCCCAACACCGGCGUUGCUGUCGUGAUGCAGAAUCGCGACCUGUUGGGAAUCCCGGUGUAUUCCAUCGACGAUCAAGACAAUCUUUCGAGGCCGCAUCGACAUGAAAGUGACUCGCCGUCCCAUCGAAAUAGCAUACGUAAAUAUGCUACUGUUGGAAGGUCCCCAUCGGGUCCUGCUAACAGAGCCUCUCCCUGGGCCCGGCUUCCAAACGAGCCGUUGACAAACACUGCGAAUACAGCCCAGCAACGCAGCCGGCCAGACGCUGGGCACUGGCAGACACCCGCUUCAGGUGGCGAUCCUCUCGGAGCAUCAUAUGAGCCUGUUCGCAAUGCCGAUGCAAAUGCACCUAGAGCCUUUGGCAUCAAUCCCACCUCUUAUCUACCAGAGGGAAUCGGCGACCUAGCAAAAGGCUGGUACGAACGAGCCGAGCUCCCCCAAAGCUUGAACAGCGCACUGGUCAACGUCUCAAGAACGGUCGCAGCUGCCGCUGUAGCCGGAGUGGCAGGAGCCUAUGGCACCAAUAAAGCAGAAACGUCCGGUUUCCCCUCUGGAUUCGAACAGGCCUUCAUCGAGCAGACCGGCGGUCGCGGGGGCGGUGCGUCAAGCACGGUUGGACAUGCAGCAUCGGCCAAGGACCGACCAAGACCUUCGAUCUUUGCGCCUGCGGAGCCGUUGAUACCGGCUGCGCAGGCCUCCGAUGCACAGCUGCUUGAUCCUCUGUCAAAGGUGACCGCCGCCAAUAGGGCCAUUGGCUCGGCCCUCUCCGCCUGUAUCGAGGUUCUAGAGCAGAGUUGGCUGGAUCGCAGCGCGUUCGCUCACGAGCGGCCCUCUUCUGAGCUCGAACAGAAAGACGUCAACACGCUAAUGAGCUUCACUGCGCUCAAACAUAUCCGUGACGUGCUCGACGGAACGGCUGCCGAGUUUGAUCCAGCAACACUGCCAGCUCCCAUUCCGAAGCGCGUUGAUUUGGAAGUCCACAGGGUGAAGGAAGCUGCCACACAGAAAGACAGUACGCGCGACAGAGCACACCCUCCCGUGGAGCGCAAGGAAAUCAUGUCUACAACUAGCACUGACAUUAGCUUGGAUCCACACUCUUCUCUGCCCAUGUCACUCGCCGAAUAUGCGCGGUACGGUCGGCAGAUGAUCAUCCCGGACUUUGGCUUGCCUGCGCAGCUUCGUCUUCGCAACGCUAAAGUCCUGGUGGUUGGAGCUGGUGGACUUGGCUGUCCUGCUGUUCAGUACCUUGCGGCGGCUGGCGUCGGACAGAUCUCGAUUCUGGACCAUGACGUUGUCGAGCCGUCCAAUUUGGCUCGACAGAUCCUGCACCGUGAUGCCACCGUUGGCAUGCACAAAGCGGUGUCUGCGGCCCAAGCGGCCAAGCAGAUCAAUCCUCACAUCACAGCCGUGCCGUUGUCCGAAGCUAUUAGCGCUGUCAAUGCGCGUCAGGUCAUGCGGGGCCAGGAUCUUGUGCUUGACUGCACGGACAAUCCGCUCACUCGGUAUCUCAUUUCGGACGCUGCUGUGCUCGAAGCAGUCCAGGUCGUCUCGGGUGCCGCCCAGGGCUACGAUGGCCAGCUGGUUGUGCUGCACAAACGGAUCAAGGCUGAGUUUGCUGGUCCGAGAGCUGCUGCAACGCCUGAUGGUACUUAUCGGGGACCGUGCUACCGUUGUCUGUUCCCGAAAGCGCCUCGACCGGACGAAGUGACUAACUGUGAAGACGGCGGUGUACUAGGCGGCGUCACUGGCCUCGUAGGUACAAUGCAAGCGUUGGAAGCGGUCAAGAUUCUCGCCGGUGUUGGUGAAGACACGCCACCGAUGCUGACGCUCGUCUCCCCGCUCACGUCAACACCGUUCCGGUGCGUCAAGAUCCGAUCGCGUCGCGUGGCCACUUGUCGAUCAUGUGGCGAUCCUGCGCAGGUGGCCGAGCGCAUGAUCAGGAAUCUGGAGACGGAAGACUACGCGUCAUUCUGUGGUCUCAACGUGCCUGUUGGCGAAGAGGCUGGAAUCCGCAGAACGGCGGUCAAGUCGAUGGACUCUGCAGCGUUGGUGGUCGACGUACGACCCUCUGUCGAGUUUGGAAUCGCCAAACUCGACGGUUCGCUCAAUGUGCCGAUUCAGAGCUUGCUCAAGAACCCCGCCGGAGCAUGGGACCAAAUCCACAAGGCGCAGCGAAACACUUUGUCGAAAGACGUCUUGGUGGUUUGCAAGAAGGGGAAUGAUUCGCAACUUGCUGUACGCGCGCUGUUGCAGCACCAGAAGCACCUAUGUGAGCAGGCUGAAAGCGAAGCGCAACAGGCACCGCCAGCGCCAUCCGACCCUCUACAAGGCUCCAUCAACACGAGGGAACCCAAGACCCCAAACCAAGCGCAAGCCAUAACACCACUGCAGAUUUCCGACCUCAUCGGAGGUCUCCGUGCCUACAGUAAGGAGAAGGACCCCUCUUUUCCCGUCUACUAG